CACAUGGGCUCAGUGUGUGAGUUUAAAAGAGCCUAAAUGCUGUGCAGCCAGUGCAGUGCAAGCUCUCAGAUACCCAUUGGGAAGUGCUGGCUGGUGGAUGUAUCAGAAGCAGCUGAGCAGACCCAGAGUCACUGACAAAAGAAAGAAAUUAAUUGGAUCUGGAGUUUAUCAUCUAUUCGGUCCAGUACAUCUACAAGAGUCAUCCUUGAAGAUAUUUGCAACCGUGGUUCUAUAUAAACGUGCUCUCCAGAAGAAGACCCUUUGAGCAGCCAGUUCAUGAACUAACAGAAGAUUUGCGCUCACAAGAUGGCAAAUCCGGUGACAUCAGCCUGCUGUGUGGUAUUAGCGACUGUGGUGCUGGCGUGUGCUCAGAGACACAACCAGGAAAUCAAAGCAACACCUCGCUCCUUACUCACUGAAUCCAGCUCACUAGAGCGUUUGAAGCCCCAGCGACCAGGCCGCAGUCCACAGAGAGAUUCCCACAUCCAGUACGAGAGGAUAGGUUCUGAUGUAAUCAUACGUUGUGGGACAAUGGAUCGGGACGCAGUGGUAACAUGGACUGUAAAUGGAACAGACAUGGACAGUUCAUUUUUAAAUGGAUCCUCCCUGGUGUUGCGCAAUGUGGAUUUAUCUCAUAACGGCUUGUAUUCAUGCUUUGAAGGACCUUCUUGGCAACGCUGGCACCAGACAGCACUGAAAGUUGGACAUCCUCCUAAGGAGCCUGUACUGAUUUGUCGGUCGAACAACUAUCCAACUUCCUUCUACUGCAGCUGGCACCUCACUAGUCCUACCUAUAUCCCUAACUACUUUAACAUCACAGUGAUGCACGACUCAAAGCAGCUGUUCUGUGAAAGGGACAAUUUUCCCAAAAACAGAUGUCACAUCAAGUACAGCCGCCUAUUCUCUACAUUAAAGUACACUGUGACAGUGGUGGUUACAAACGCGUUAGGGAAGAGCUCUACGUCCAUCAGCUUUGAUGAAUUUUCUAUAGUCAAGCCAGAUCCUCCAGAGAAUGUAGUAGCGAAGCCGGUGCAUAACAAUCCACGUAGAUUGGUGGUAACUUGGCAGACACCAUCCACCUGGCCAGACCCAGAAUCCUUUCCUCUCAAGUUCUUCUUGAGGUAUCGGCCGCUCAUCCUUGACCAGUGGCAGCACGUGGAGCUUUCAGAUGGUACAUCGCACACAAUCACAGACGCUUACGCUGGCAAGGAAUACAUCAUACAGGUGGCAGCAAGAGACUAUGACAUUGGCACGUGGAGCGACUGGAGCGUCGCAGCUCAUGCCACACCAUGGACAGAGGAGCCCAAGUACAUCACUACAGAAGCCCAAAAGACAGAGACUACAACUACAAUUACAACAACAACAACGACCACCUACACGGCUCCUUCAACCACCAAGAUUCCCUCUUUGCAUUCCGGCGCAAGAAAGAAUUUCAAUAUUUUUAUCUCUAUUUUGCACAUGUUUAAGAGGAAACCAUUUCUUUGUAUUUUAUUUUCAUCGAUUAUUGUUUUAUUUGUUUUUUAGUAUGGACAAAUCACUUAAUUAUGGUGUGCUGACAUGCCCAGCAACAUAGAAAAAUAUAAAAAAAAAAAGAUUUAAUAAAAAAAUAGGCAAAACACACAGAAAAAAAUGGACAAUAUAGCAACGAUACUAUAACAUGGAUUUGCAGAAAAAUAUGCCGUAAAAUAGAAAAAUAAACCAAACUGACAACUAGCACUGCAUUUCAGUGGGAGGCUGAAUAAACUCAUUCCGCAAUUUGAAGACUUUGGACAUAAAAGGUUUACCGUUUCUGGUUAAAGGAACGUUAAGAUCAUAGGAUCAUACAGCUAUACUGUUAUGCCAAAGACAACUGCUAGGUUCUUUCCCACAGUGCUGUGCUUUCCAAGACACCAUAAAUGAAAAAAAAAAACAGAACUUUUCGAAAUCAAGACCCAUAGCUAAGGCUUCUGGGAUUUUCUGAGCCACUGGUCACUCUAUCGCCUUGUUGCAUAAAGGGUUCCAAGUUUAACAUUUUAUGCAUCUUUCUUUUUAGGUCUUUUUUAUGCCAAAUGGGUUUAUUUCAUUUUAUUUUAUAUUUGCAUCCUUUUGUUUGUCAUGCUUGGGGGAAAAAAAAUCCCAAGAGACUCUUCUUAUACAACAAUUUUAUACCAACAACAAAUGGAACAUAUUCUUCGGCCAAGCCAGUGUUUGUAGUCAAGAUAUCCCAGAAGGUUGUACUGGAUUAUUAGAAGGAUUAAAUACAUGACCUCAUGAUACUACGAUCAUCUUGGAGAUAUGAACAUUUUUAAUAGGAAAACUGAAUUAUCAAAUAAAAUUAUCCUUGAACUUUCAUAGUUUACUAAGACUUUGCCAACAUGGGUUUAAAAUAACACGACAGCUUAUGGGCUGCUCAAUAAUUAACCACUGUUGGAGGGGCCAGCAUCACAAUCACAGGCUGGCACCACUGCCAAAAAAAAGGACAUAUAGCAGAAAUGUCACUUGGUUAUCCAUUUUUUUAUAGGCUCGUUUAUGGAAGUGUAGAAGACCUAAGUAAGGUGGAUCUCAAUGUGACAAAACCUGGAGAGUUUUUGGUGGUUGGUGCUCACAUUCUGCCACACUGAAACUUUAUAAAUUAAGACUUUUUUGGGGAUUCAUUUCUAGUUUACGGGGCAAUCUGUACAGUGUUUGUACCUCUAAAAGUUAGUUUUGUGUGCCCCCAUCAAUGCAUAAAAUUCUUUAUGACAUUAGUCCAACCGCUACCAUGUGUUACAUAAUUUAAUAAAAAAAAAGACCAAUCUGA